UAAAAAAAAAAAAAAAAAAAAAAAGGCAGAGAGCAUUUUAAUUGGCGUAGAGAUGGGAAGAAGGAGAAGAAGAAUGACAUAAAAAGGAAUUGGAACAUUUGGCUCAAAUCUUCUGAGUCAGAGAUCUCUUUAAUCAUUCUCUCUCCUUUCCUGUCUGAUUCAUCAUCAAACUCAGAUCAAUAGGAUCAAAGCAAACGAGGUUUCAAUACAGAGUUUUCGAAUCUCGCUUGCUUCUGUGGAACUUCUUGGUACACACACAGUCAUUGGUUAAGAGAGAUAUUAUGGCAGAGGUUAAGGAUCAAUUAGAGAUUAAGUUCCGGCUCAAUGAUGGUUCCGAUAUCGGCCCUAAAUCGUUUCCUGAUGCUACUACCGUUGCUACAUUGAAAGAAACUAUUGUUGCUCAGUGGCCAAGAGAUAAGGAGAAUGGGCCAAAGACAGUGAAAGAUGUGAAGUUGAUAAGCGCAGGUAGAAUAUUGGAGAACAACAAGACGGUUGGAGAUUGCAGGAGUCCUGUCGGCAAUUUCUCAGGUGCUGUCACCACAAUGCAUGUUAUAAUUCAUCAUCAAGUUACUGAAAAAGAAAAGAAGAAGAAGAAGAAGUCUAAAGGUGAUCUGAAACAGAACAAAUGUGUCUGUUUAUGUUUUGGAGCUCGGUGUUAACAAAUGUGCAAGACAAGUAGAGUUAAAAAAAAGCUUGGGAGAUUCACAUUCUAUUCUUGAGCCUUCUUCAAUACCUUUUAAAAAAAAAAAAAACUUUUUUGUAAUCUUUUUUGUUCCAUGAUUGGCUUUUUGAUCGCUUGAGGUUUGGUUUCUAAUGUAAUUCUGAUUCGUAACACCGUGGAAUUAUUAUUAUUAUUAGGUAUCAAAACGAAUUUGCACGGAA